CUUGAUGGAUGGCAGGUGGGGUGUCAGGAGGGGCAGUGUGUGAAGUUUCAGCGAUGUUGAAGUUCGAUUUCUUCUGAGUGAAAAGCACAGAGAGGGAGUGAGAGGGAGCCUGGUGUUUGUGUGGGAGCCAAUACUGGUGAUUGUAGCUGAAUAAGGCAGUGCGAGUGAAGAGACAACUCCAUCCUUGAGGAAGAUCUCUCUGGGAUGUGAAACUUCUGGAAUCUGGGAUUGCUGCCCAUCACUCACUAACAGUUCGCCUCCACCCCAGUUACAGUAUGCUGUGAGCGGUACCUGGGAGCAGGGUCAGAGAGCUCCUGGCGCAUGGUCAAGCCGAGUCCGGGCUCUCCCGGGGCGCCGUUAGCGGCGGUGCUCCCUUCCCGCCCGGGUCCGCCCUCUCCAUGCCCCGGAACCAGGCAGAUGCCGGCGGCAUGAGCGACGAGAAGCGAGUGGAGUUCGUGGGGCUGACGGCGGUGGAGAGCAGCUCCUCCAGUCGGGACGGAGUGGCUGCGAGUCCCGGGGAGAGGCACCAGGGGAGCCGCCUGAGGCUGGCACCUCAGCCCGGAGAUGGGGAGAGAUUGAUGCUGGCCGGAUUGCCCGGGGACAGUGUGCAGAGUGCCCGGGUCGGGUUGCUGGGCAGACCGCUGCCCCUCAAACACCGCAACAAGAGGAAUGCCGGUUACAGAAAACUGCAGAACUGCCUGUACAACGUGUUGGAGAGACCGCGGGGAUGGGCGUUCAUUUACCAUGCUUUCAUAUUCCUGCUUGUCUUCAGUUGUCUCGUCCUGUCAGUGUUUUCCACCAUACCUGCGCACCAGGAUGUGGCAAAUUCUGGACUCUUUAUUCUGGAAUUCCUAAUGAUCAUUGUAUUUGGAAUGGAGUAUGUGGUCCGAAUUUGGGCAGCUGGCUGCUGUUGCCGGUACAGAGGAUUGCAGGGGAGGCUCCGAUUUGCUCGAAAGCCAUUCUGUGUAAUCGAUUUUAUUGUAUUUGUUGCCUCUGUUGCUGUGAUAGCUGCUGGGACUAAGGGAAAUAUCUUUGCCACUUCAGCACUUCGUAGCAUGAGAUUCCUACAGAUUCUUCGGAUGGUACGGAUGGAUCGUAGGGGUGGAACCUGGAAGUUGUUGGGAUCUGUUGUGUAUGCUCACAGUAAGGAACUGAUUACAGCCUGGUACAUUGGGUUCUUAAUACUCAUUUUCUCUUCGUUCCUCGUUUAUCUGGCUGAGAAAGAGGCAAAUCCUCAAUUUUUGACAUACGCAGAUUCCCUGUGGUGGGGUACAGUUACACUAACAACAAUCGGCUAUGGUGAUAAAACUCCACAAACAUGGCUUGGUCGAAUGCUGGCAGCAGGAUUUGCACUAUUAGGAGUCUCUUUCUUUGCUCUACCAGCUGGAAUUCUAGGUUCUGGUUUUGCUCUCAAAGUGCAAGAACAACAUCGACAGAAACACUUUGAGAAAAGAAGAACCCCUGCUGCCAAUCUCAUUCAGGCUGCUUGGCGUCUCUACUCUACAGAUGUGAGUCGGCCAUACCUGACGGCCACCUGGUAUUACUAUGACAGUGUUCUACCUUCGUUCAGAGAACUGGCAAUUAUGCUUGAAUCACUGAGCCGUUGGCGCAAUGGUGGACUUAGAAAUUCAGACUGCAAAAAAUUACAAGAAGAAUCCCCACGGAUACAUGCAUUUCAUUCAAGUCAAAGACUAAUUGUCCCCCCCUGUAAUUUGGGGGAGAGUAACCAGAAGCUAGGAUUCAGAGACAGAAUGAAGAUGAAUAGUCCAAGGAUUCAGAGCAUGAGGAGCAAGCAGACUUCAGCCCCAAGUAUCCAGCGCUCACCCAGUACAGAGAAUGCAACACAGGUCAGCCCCACUAAGGUGCAGAAGAGCUGGAGUUUCAACGACAGAACUCGUUUCCGGGCAUCACUCCGAUUAAAACCCAGAACAACUGUGGAAACUGAGAACAUGGGAGAUGACAACUAUGAUGAAAAGACAUUUCACUGUGACAUCAGUAUGGAAGAUGUAAAGCCUGCUGUGAAAACCCUCAUCCGAGCCAUUAGGAUUCUGAAAUUUCUUGUAGCAAAGAGAAAAUUUAAAGAGACUUUGCGACCUUAUGACGUAAAAGAUGUGAUUGAGCAAUAUUCUGCUGGUCACCUGGACAUGCUUGGCCGAAUCAAGAGCCUCCAAUUCAGAGUUGACCAAAUCAUUGGGAAAGGUCAGAUGCCCACAGACAAGAAGUUGCGUGAGAAAGGAGAGAAAGUCCCACCAGAACUGGAACCCUUUGAUGAGUUGAGCAUGAUGGGACGGGUGAUAAAAGUGGAAAAACAGGUGCAGUCCAUUGAACAAAAGCUGGACAUGUUAUUGAUGAUCUACAGCCAGAGUUUAAGCAAAGGUUCAGUGACAGCAUUGACACUGGCUGCAAUGAACAUUCCUCUAGUUGACCAGGACCUGACCUCUGACUAUCACAGCCCAGUGGAUACUACAGAUAUCUCUAUGUCCACCCAGACGUUGAACCUAUCUGCCUCCACAAAUCUAGAGUAAGGUUAUGAAAAGGUCCUGGUGACCAUUGCUGAUUUUGUAACCUGACUGAAUGUGGUUAUGUGGAUUGGCACAAACAAACCUAAGAAGACAUCUUAAAAGCCACCAUUAUUGUUUUGCAUUUUAAUUUAAUGAUGUCUUUUCGGUACCAGUGAUCAACUUUUGAAGAACAACGUGACAAAAAAUAUCUUCUGUGACCUCGAAGACAACUACUGGUCUCAAGUGGGAAUAAAAUGAUCUGCAGUCUCCUAUGAUUCUGAAACGGCCAACACAAUUUGUCAAUAUGGCCUGUGACAGGUUUCCACCUGGCUUUUUGCAGUCUUCCAGCCCCAACUCAAUGGUGCACAAGGCAAUCCGUAGUAAAAGAUGUAGCAUUAGCAAAAAGAAACUAAUAAGAUUUCAAGCUAAUGAAGGAAUUCCAAUUUCUAUUCAGAACAUUCCAAUGAAAUAAUUUAUCAUAUCCAAGGUGUGUCUGAGAUCCCUGGUUUUUUGCUUAGCUUUCUGCACCAAAGGAAUCAUAUGAAAGGUCAAGUUGAACACAACUUAGCACUAUAUUCACAGAAGCUGCAUUAAAGAAUGAUGUCAAUCAAAUUCUCAGGAUUCUGGCCAAGAUCAACAUUCUGUUAGAGUGUGUCCAUUUGUCUUUGGCCAUCAGUAUUGUAAUGUCCUUCCUAGAGAGUGUUAAAGAUAUCUAUUUCUGAAGCAAGACAGCAUAUUAAAGAAAGGACUGGGAAAAUCUAAUUUGCCAAAAUUUCUCAAGGAACAAUUGAACCAACUCCUGUUUUAAUUUGAGAUGGGGAAUGUGGUGCCUGGUAGUGGACUUACUGAAAAGUUUGAGAUAUAACAAUGUGAAUUAUAGCUACAUUGAUGAAGAGCUGUGAAAUGAAAUGCUGGCAAAUACAAACUUUCAAAUCCAAGUGCAGCUGACACAUAAGACAUCAGAGCAGGACAACAUUUCUCAGUGAGUUUCAGAUACCUUCAGAGAGGAAGCAGAAUAUAAAAUCCAAGAGAAAUCUAACCCAAUCUGAUGUUUAGUUCAUGCUCAGUUAAGGAAUAAGAUAGAGUUUUUCAGGAGACAGUGAGGACUGCAGAUGCUGGAGGUCAGAGUCGAAAGUGGGGUGCUGGAAAAGCAUCCGAGGAGCAGGAGAAUCGAUGCUUCAGGUAAAAACCCUUCAUCAGGAAUUUCAGUUUAUCAGGACCCUAGUAACAAUACUUAAAGAAAGGAAUGUAUGAGCAUUACUAAUUGCAGCUCCGUGUCUAUUUGUUAGCCUGUAUGAUUCAGGUACCAGUUGUUAUUUCAUCCACAGAUGCAAAGGUACAGUGGCUAACCAGAAACCCCAAGUUAAACAUUGAGCUGUCUGAAUAAAGGACAUUCUAAUGGGUAUUACACACAAACUAGCUUCACAGCAAGAUCUCUUUUCUUUUUAAUGUAUGUGAUAGAAGAGCAAAAGCAAAUAAGAGGAAAGGAGAAAUAGAGAGAUGGCUGAUUCUUCGCACAAUCCUAUCUCACAAAAAACAAUAACUUAUUUACAAAAUUGCAAAAUGUGAUAGUGCUGCUGUUAGGACAUCAUUAGCCAGUUAUCAUAGAGACCCUUUCGCCUUCAUGUGGCUUGAUACACGUAUCCUAAUUGAGAAAUCAUAUGAGUUUAAAGAGGAAUAAAUUCCACUGAAUCACCACUCAUUUUAAGUGUUAUAAAGAAUGCAGACAUGGGAAUUAUAUCUGUGCCUCUCAGUUAAGUCUUGUUACUGUGUUUUCUGCUUUUAAAUUACUGGUUAGAGACAAGCUGGACAGUUAAAGAAGGACUUUACCACCUCUGACAAAUCUCAGGUUGCUUCACACUUGUUUUCAGGUAAAAUGACUAUUGUGCAGGCAAAUCUGCCAGGCAAUUAGAAAAUAGCAAAAAACCUCAAACGGCAAUAAGAUAUUAAUGUGUAUUUUUGGUUGUAUUGACUGAGGGAAACAUAUUAGUCGGGACACUGGGAGAAUUCCCUGCUCUUCAAAUUGUGCCUUGGGAUCUUUAAUGUCCAUGUGAACAUCAGGCAGUUAUCUCUCUCAACACUGCACUGUGCUCUCGCUAAUUUGGGAUAUAAACCAAUCUCCUUCUGACUGAGGGAAGAGUACCAUCAACUGAGCCAUUUCAUGCUGAAAUGUUCCAUUCUGUCAUACCCUGAAUGGCAUCAUCGAUGGACAUAGUGGAUUUGCUGCCUAUUCAUGAGGUCAGUGGAACCAAAUAGCUGGAUUUUGCAUAAGAGGAACUAUUUACAAAAUCUCUGCUCCCAGUGAGCUUCAACAACAUAAAACACAGUACGAGGUGUGACUAAGAGAUGAGAUAUUAUAGGCAGUUCCGAAGGUUCAUUUCCCUUUUGUAAGUAACUUGCGUAAUUGAGUCUGAUGUUAUCUCUAAUUCAUUGACAUAUACUCAGCAGUCAGGGGGUACCAUAUAGAGAGGUGUACAGUAUGUUCUGACAAUCUGAUUUACAAAAUAAUGCAGAAAUUUUUCCUUUCCUUGCAACUAUUGUUGAAAACCAGAAGUCAGUUAUUUUCUUGGGAAAUUCAGAACUGUUAAACCAUUGAGAGAACCUAUACACUGUCCACCCAUAACACAAAAGUUUACUUGCAUCACAUUUUGAAUGCUUGGCUAGAAUCCCAGCUGGGUUGAGCUUUGUGGACUUUGUUUUUAUUUAUUUUUCAUGUAAUGUGAAGGUGUACUGAGCAACAAUGGCCUGUCGGGCAGUUUAAGCUGUCUUGAAGGCUAUUCUCACAAAUGUGUUGUACUGGAUUGGAACAUCUCCACUAGCCAGGGCAAUUGAAAUAUAUUGGACAACAUGCUCUAACCUUUGUGCUCAACAGCUGUUUCUCUGUCAGGACAGCACAUUCAUUAUAUCACCCCAAAUGGUGAUAACAGCCAGAAACACAAGACUGAUUCAGUUGGUCAUGUCGUCUUGUUGGAUCACACUGACAAUGGUACAGCUACACUGAAGUUAGCUUAUUCCUGAUGAUAAAUCACUGAUUUUACUAUCACAUUGAUACAUCAAUCACAUCAUUGGUCCCAUCACAUUGAAGUUCUUGGAACAUUGUUGGUACUGUCACAUUGAUGAUAGUGUUACUGAAUGGUGUUAUGAUGACGGUGUUAAUGAUUGCUGUAAUUACAGACAGUAGUGUCACUGAUGGUAGUGUCGCUGAUUGCAGUGUCAUGGAUGACAAUGUCACUGUUGAUGGUAUCACUGAUGGUAGUGUUACCAAUAAUAUUGUUACUGCUGUUGAUGUCACUGGUGGUAGUGUUACUGAUUGUGUGGACAUCUUAUUCUGGGCCUACAGCCUCUGUAUAAGUAUCAUGUCAGCCUGAGCUCAGUAGGUGCAUCAACCAGUAACAAUUUUAUUGUAUUUCUUAUCUCUUGUAAAGUUUUUUUUAGAUUACAUUACUUACAGUGUGGAAACAGGCCCUUCGGCCUAUCAAGUCCACGCCGACCUGCCGAAGCGUAACCCACCCAUUCCCCCACAUUUACCCCUUUUACCUUACACUACGGGCAAUUUAGCAUGGCCAAUUCACCUGCACAUCUUUGGACUGUGGGAGGAAACCGGAGCACCCGGAGGAAACCCACGCAAACACGGGGAGAAUGUGCAAACUCCACACAGAGAGUCGCCUGAGUCAGGAAUUGAACCUGGGUCUCUGGCGCUAUGAGGCAGCAGUGCUAGCCCAUUACUAAGUUACUUUCUCUUAGCUUCCAAUUUAAUAUCUAUGGAUUGUCCAGAUAUUUGAUUUAACCUUUGUGUCUAUUGCAUGAAAUUUGAACCACAAAGAUUGCCAAAGAGUAAAGUAACAUAGUCCCUAAAUAAAGAGUGAUUGGACAAACAGCUACAAGAUACCUCCAAACAACACUUGAACAGUUGUUAAUACAGCACUUCCCAAAGUGCCUAGUCCAAUUAAACUUCUGAUUAGGAGAGCUGACAAGGUGAGGAAAAGGGAUCCAUCAUUUAUUUCAAUCACGUUUUACAGGUACAGUCGGUUCUGCUAUAACGCAAGUUUCUUCAAUGCAAUUGGCUAUAAUGCGAGUGAAUAAUUUAGAUCAUUAUUUGUAGAACAUGAACGUUCCUUAUAACACAAUUCUGUUCCCAUUGAUUUAAAUGGUACUGCUAUUACACAAUUUUCUUAUAAUGCAGGAUCGCACAAGAAUGGAACUAUUGUAUUAUAUCAGAAUAGACUGUAUAACACACAUGGCUGUUAUGCUAUAGAAGAUGAGGUUUCUGAGACUUUUAAUCUUGCAUUUCUGAAAAAUCACAACUUCAUUGUUUCAGAGCUUUCUGUAAAAGCAGGUAACCUACACAUGAUGAGAGAUCCAUUCUUUUUUUUGGAAAACCUUAUUUUGUAAGGGAUAAUGUACUUUGUCAGAUGUCUGUACAAUAAUGUACUUUGAGAUGACUGUACAGGAAUGCAUUGUGAGUAACCAAUGACCAUCUCCAGACUCCAUGUAGAUUUUGUACAAAAAAAAUCCAACAAAUGAUCAGGGCCAUUAUGUUUAAUCCAUUUUACGCAGAGAACUGUAGGUGUCUUGUACUGUUCUGACACACCCUAUUGCCUGGCUCAUUAUUUUCAGUGAUAAGGCAGACUUCUGAUAUGGUCCUCACACUAGCCAGUUUGAUCCAUUUCUUUUAUUGAGCAUGGCUGGGGAUUUUAUGCAGACAUACCUGAGUAGUAGAGAACACUGGAGCUAAUUGGGUGAAGCCAAUGUUAGACUUGAAGAGCUUAUUGAAAAAGAUUUGUUCAUUCCUUCAUCCUCUCCCCAUGUCUCAUCAAUCGUUGGAGAGUGAAAAGGGGGUAAUAGGUGGAGGAUCAGAAAGCACAGCACUCUCACUGAGACACAAAACCUCAAGUUACAGUAAUCAAUCUAGGUCAGAAAGUAACUAGUGCGUAAGACUUUUCGAAGAGGAUCAGUCAAACUUCAUACCAACUCAAUUUUUUUGCAGAUGCGGAACAGAACAUUGGUGGUGAUCAAAACAAAUGAAGUGAUAGGAAGUGCCUUUUAAUUGGUGGAAAUUCUAUUUGCACUGUUAGGGUGGUGUGAUGGUUCAUAUUCCUAGACUGGUAAUCCAGGGGUCAAGAAGUAAAACCACAUUGGCAUUUUGAAGACUUCAAUUUCUAAACAAACUUUGAAUUUUUUAUUACAUUAUGUAGAAAUGAAGUUGUCUGACAGACAGUUCUUUAGAGCAUAAAGCACUUCUGAUAGGGUGGCUGGGUCAAAUAUUUCUGUGCUCUCAAUACUAUAAUAAUGAGACCAGUGGCUCCCUGAAAGAAUGGAAUUUAAUCUCAAUCUCAUCUCUUUUCACCAUAAUUUAGAAUAUAAACAUCUUCAAAUAAUUUAUUCACCGGUAUUUGUUUGUUUCUCAUAGGAUAAUUCUAUCUCAUCAUUACUCUUACACAAAGAGAUGUUAUCUUACCUUGUUCUUUGGUGUUACUCUUAAAUUCUUCUUCCCCAGUGAAAGUACUUCCUUUUUCUAUUCUCCUUUUAAAUUCCCUGUUUAGAUUUUAUGCUUCAUUGAAAAGCACUCUGUUUCUGUAUUCUCUACUCUGAUCCCUAGUGAUAAUUGGCCCAAAGCUUUGACCUGCCACCAAUGUAUCAAAUUGUCAUUAUGAAUGAACUGCUUGAUAAUCUAAUGUGGGCCAGUCAGAUUUCAGGGUGGCAAUUAAAAUCCACCCAACAUUCUAACUGGAAUGAGCAACUUGACAAUGACAGUGUCAAAAUGCAGAAGGACAAGAAAUGUGUGCUGGAGUUGAGAUUUUUUUUAAAUUACAUAUGUCCAUUAACUCAUUGUUUCGAGCAGUGAAUAUUCAGGAGCAUGAAUAUUGAUAGUGAAUAGGCAAAUUGUGGUAAUCUAUUUCUGCUUUGUUGCAAUGUCUAGCUCAAUACAAACUGGGGAAAGGAACUGAGAACGCCCUUACUGAAUGCUGCUCUUUCACUGAGUAUAAUUUUAAUCAUUUUUGAUUAUCAGUUUAAAAUGACACAUAAAUGAAGGUGAAUUUUAACAUCUUCUCUGAAUACAGGCUGGGAGGCAGUUAAAAUGCGUAUGGGAGACAUUGUGAGGAGAGUUGGAUAUUGUCCUACACCACAGUGUUACUGACAACAGAAAACUUAUUAUAUGAUUAUCUGCCAAUCAGAGGCCGGUCAAUCCAAAAAAAAUGAUUAAUUGCCCACCACAUUCUGCUCUCACUGACAAGCGGGACUCUACCACCACGCAGACAGACUGCUGAACAAACCCAGUGGACUGUCAAGGGAAGGAGUACCCCUUUAUGACCACUCCAUGGCUAAGAGAGGAGCCCACAGGUGCCAUUGCUCGUUCAUGUGGUAAUGUUGCUGAACUGGAAAGUGCAAAUCUCUUUGUACUGGAAUAGAACUGAAAAACAGAAGUCAGAACAUGCCAAACAAAUCUUCAGUUCAUGGCUGAAGUGAAGAAAGAUGAAACCCAGCUCAUUGUAAACUAUAGGGAGUAAUAAUUUACUCAUGGAAUUUGUGACUUUAAAAAUGUAUAAGUUUCCUAGGGGCAGAGCUUCAGAAGAGACCUGGGGAUGAAUCUGGGGUAAGCACAACAAUGAGGGGGGAGAAGAUGAUGAUUAAAUAUUUAACCAUUUUCAUUUACACACAGUUUACACUAUGGGUAUCAAUAGUCGUGAUUCUGAGCAGGAAACCUAACAAAGGGUUGUGAUUCUGAGCUGGAAACCUAUCCUCUGCCUUUCACCUCCAUGUAUGGUUACAUCAAUGCAUGGGAAAUUGUUUUGGACAUAAUAUUCUGUGGCUAGUCAGUAAGCAGUUUUAACUGUUAAAACUGUUUACAAAUUCCACGUAGCAGGUCAUGGAGUUUGUUUCCCAUUGUUGUGUGCAGGCCAUUUAACAUUAGAUUUUGAUCUAUGAAGUUGUAAUAAGUCUUGGUGUGGUGGAUGCAUGACUUUAUCAAACAACCCCCAGCUGACCUUCUCCCCAGCCAUUCUUGAUGGCAAACAUGUCUUUUUCACUCCUUCACAAUUGCAACAACAGCAUUCAUUUAUGUGGGUAAUUUAUCCCACUCUCGAGGCCACAAUCUUGCAAGCUAGCUGAACUCUUUAUUGACAUUACACCAGAGUUUGUGGGAGUAAUGAACAACUCUUCUGCUGUUCAAACUUUAGUCUGUAAGGAUUAAGAAAUAAGUAAUUAUGAACAGAACAGUCUCUCCUGGUGUGCAUCUCUUGCGUCUCAAUGGUGUCAUUGCAUGUUUAACCGUCCCAACCCAUAGCAUCCAACAGGCUUUACAACCUGAGGAAAACUGCUUCUUCCACACUCGUAGCAUAUUAUUGUUAUAUUAUUAUUAAUCAUGAUUAAUUAAUAAUAAUAAUUAGUAAUCCAAGAGCCAACAUGCUAGCUUCAUUAGCUUGAUUGUAACUAGGCCUGGCUCCAUUACGUUACACUGGGCUGGGGUGUAGGCUGUAUGAUAAAGGUGGACCAUAUCUAUGCAUUACACCAAUUGCACGUGGCAACUGCAUGUCAUGGAAGAGUUGCACAUUUUGUCUCACCGACAUCAUCUGCAUGAGAUGCAUGUCCUUCCAGCCACGCUAAGCAAAUAAUAUUGGUACGAGGAGUGUCAUAUCUGAACAAAAUUAGGGGAGAAGUUUUUCAAAGUGUCAUUUUGAUGUUUGUUUAAUUUCCAAUGAUUUCUAAGAAUAUAAUGUCCCCUUGCAACCAGAAUAAAAGACCCUAGCCGCAAGACAAUCCUAACCAGCUUCUAACCAGUUCUGCUUAACAAAAGAAAUUAGUACCUCACUAAGAUAAUGAAGUGUUAUUUAUUAUAAUAAACGUUAAUGAAGAA